AUGGGUUCACUUGGAAACGCGAGCCCUACCCACAAUCAAUCUUUCCUAUUCGAUCAGAUGCCCCUUCUGGACCUCUUCUUCCCCGGCCUUGGCCCUGCAACCACCCCUGCCUGGUCCCUUCUUACUGGCGGCCCAAGCAUCUAUAGUCGGGCGCUUUGCAUCGGCGGUUUGCUUCUGUUGUUCGGGAAGAAUGCUUUGGAAUAUUUGGGGACGUUGCUGGAAACCUACUUCUUGUCAAAGAUUGAGGUACCCUACACAGAUGAGGCGUAUGAUAUGCUCAUUUCCUGGAUCUGCUCCCAGCCUUUUGCGCGAUGUCCAUCGAAGGAUGCCCCGCGAGCAGCCGACUAUAUCGCCGGACACCAAUUAGACCGGAUUGCUGAGGAAUUGUGA